AUGCUGCCCUCCCCAGAGACCAGUAUCACUAACAAGGGGAUAGCGGCUCACAUAACCCAGAGCCGACUAAGGGCCAAAGGUGUGGGCCAGCAGCACAAUGCCGAGAACUACAACAACCAGAGCUUUGAGGAGCUGCGAGCAAUCUGCCUACGGAAGGGGCUGCUGUUUGAAGAUCCCUUAUUCCCUGCCGAGCCCAGUUCGCUGGGCUUCAGGGAACUGGGCCCCAACUCCAAAAAUGUGCAGAACAUCAGCUGGCAGCGACCCAGUCAAAUCACCAGCAAUCCUCAAUUCAUUGUGAAUGGGGUCAGCCCGACAGACAUCUGCCAGGGGGUGCUUGGGGACUGCUGGCUGCUGGCUGCCAUCGGCUCCCUCACCGUGUACCCCAAACUCUUCCACCGUGUGGUGCCCAAGGGCCAGAGCUUCAAGAAAAACUAUGCCGGCAUCUUCCACUUCCAGAUCUGGCAGUUUGGCCAGUGGAUGGAUGUGGUGGUGGAUGAUCGGCUGCCCACAAAGAAUGGCAAGCUGGUGUUUGUGCACUCAGCCGAGCGCACUGAGUUCUGGAGCGCCCUGCUGGAGAAGGCCUACGCCAAGCUGAACGGAUCCUAUGAAGCACUGUCAGGGGGGAACACAAUGGAAGGCUUUGAGGACUUCACGGGGGGCGUGACCCAGAGCUUCCAGCUCCAGACACCCCCUCAGAACCUGCUGAGGAUGCUUAGGAAGGGCAUAGAGCGAUCCUCCCUCAUGGGCUGCUCCAUUGAAGUCACCAGCAACAGCGACUUGGAGUCGCUGACACAGAGGAUGCUGGUAAAAGGACAUGCUUACUCGGUGACCGGCCUUCAGGAUAUCUGGUACCACGGCAAGACAGUAACACUGAUUCGGGUCCGGAAUCCCUGGGGCCGGAUUGAGUGGAAUGGAGCCUGGAGUGACAAUGCCAAGGAGUGGGAAGAGGUGUCCCCAGACUUCCAGAGGCAGAUGCUGCACAGGAAGGAAGACGGGGAGUUCUGGAUGUCCUACCAAGAUUUCCUGGACAACUUCACCCUCCUGGAAAUCUGUAACCUGAUGCCUGACACACUCUCUGACUACAAGAGCUGUUGGCACACCACCUUCUACGAGGGCAGCUGGCGGAGGGGCAGCACUGCGGGGGGCUGCAGGAGCCACCUCGACACGUUCUGGACCAACCCCCAGUUUAAGCUCUCUCUCCCCGAGGAGGAUGACGAUGACCCAGAGGCCGAGGAAGCCGUCUGCACCUGCCUGGUGGCCCUGAUGCAGAAGAACUGGAGACGGGGGCGGCCGCACGGAGCCCAGCUGCAGACCAUCGGCUUUGUCAUCUACACGAUCCCGAAGGAGUUUCAGAACCUCCAGGAUAUCCACUUGAAAAGGGACUUCUUCGAGAAGUAUCAGGACCUGGGCUUCUCAGAGAUCUUCACCAAUUCCCGGGAGGUGAGCAAUCACCUCCGGUUGCCUCCAGGCGAAUAUAUCAUCAUCCCCUCCACUUUUGAGCCGCAUAAGGAUGCCGACUUCCUGCUCCGGGUCUUCAGCGAGAAGCACAGCGAGUCCUGGGAACUGGAUGAAGCCAACUGCACUCAGCUUCUGCAAGAGGAGACCAUCUCGGAGAAUGAAAUAGACCAGAACUUUCUCCAUUUGUUUCAGAUAGUGGCUGGUGGAGAGGAUAAGGAGAUUGGCGUGUACGAGCUGCAGAAGCUGCUCAAUAAGGUGGCAUCCAAAUUCAGACACCUCAAAACCAAAGGCUUCAGCCUGGACGUGUGCCGCUGUAUGAUCAACCUCUUGGAUAAAGACAGCUCUGGCAAACUGGGGCUUCAGGAGUUCCAGAUCCUGUGGAGAAAAAUCAAGAAAUGGACGGACAUCUUCCAAGAGUGUGACCAGGACCAUUCAGGCACCUUGAACUCCUAUGAGAUGCGCUUGGCAAUUGAGAGAGCAGGGAUCAAACUCAGUAACAAGGUGACACAGGUGCUGGUGGCCAGGUAUGCAAAUGACGACAUGAUCUUGGACUUUGACAGCUUCAUCAGCUGUUUCCUGAGGCUGAAGGCCAUGUUCACGUACUUUCUAACCAUGGACCCCAAUAAUACUGGCCAGAUUUGCUUGAACCUGAACCAGUGGCUGCAGAUAACCAUGUGGGGAUAGAGUCCCUGCAGGAGCCUGGCUUCCUAUUGCCACCACCAGCACCAGCCCCCCGGGGUUCUGGCCUGGAGGACGGGGUACCCCUUGCCACGCUCAGCUCUGCUGUCUCUGCUGAUGGAAUGGGCCCCAGACGCCAUGCUCACUCCAGCCGAGGGACCUCCAGGCUCACCCUCCCAGCUCCAAGUGCUUCUCUCUAACCCCAGCCAUCUAGUGGCUGGAUUCCCCCCCAGUCUUCCUUUCUGAGUCUAUUUCACUGAGGUUAAUUGACACUUCCCCAGUGUCCCCUGGCUGGGGAGACUGUCCAUGCUUCCUGUCCUGCUCAUGCCCUCCUGCCUCAUGGCCCCCCUCUUCUUCCCCUCACUCGGGGGCAUUAUUAUAAUUAACAACAUGCCACUGGCUUCUGAGUCUCUGUGUUUCUAUGGCAGAAAAAGACUGGCGGGGGUGUGAGUCGUCUCCUCAGCACCAAAGAGGGGCACCCAGUAACUCUCAGUUGGGGUGAUACCACCCCACCUCCAAGGAGCAUUUAGAAAAUCGAGGUUGUCACAGAAGCUAGAGGGCAUUGUUGGCAUUUAUGGGCAGUGCCAGGGAUGCUUAAGGCACAAGGGUCUCUGCCUGUGAACCGUUAACAGAGAGCGGUACCCAGAGCAGCAUCCAAGGAGCGGGCUGAGCCACAGGGCCCAGAGCCUCCUCUCCCUCUCCUCCCUCAAACUGGGGUCUCCAAAGGUGGCACUACUGGGGUCUCAGAGCUCCAAAGUCCAACACCUGCAAGAGAGAGCAGGUCCUAGAAAUGAACUGCCCCUCCUGGGUGUGCAGCUGAGAGGGGUAAGGACUGUGAAACAGGUGAGUUCAUUCCUGCCUUAAGAGUGUUCAUGGGGAGUUCCUGUCGUGGCUCAGUGGUUAACGAAUCCGACUAGGAACCAUGAGGUUGCG